AUAUAUGGUUUGUGACGUCACUAGCAAUCAGCUGAUUCUGUAAGCCACAACAAACUACUGACAGGACGUCAAUAGAGCUGCUGCGAAAAAUUUCCCCGUGAAUUGACCGCCAAAAACGUCGUUGAAUUCCUUCUUAACACCUUCCUAUCUACCUCAAGUUACUAAGUAACAGUUGCCCUGCCUUACUAAGGAUCUAUCGACACUGUGAAGAGGAAUUUUACGUUUUCAGGUUCUGAUAUUCUGCAUUGUGUGAGUUAAGUACUACACGUUAGCUGUGCCAAGAUGUUCAACGCUGUGACAAACCUACUGUUCGGUGCUACUGAGGAGGUCGGGGACUGUGACCUGAAGACCUCCACCCUGGAUGAUGACUGGGUGCUAGUUGAACUCCCUGCUGGCAUGAAUAUACAACAAAUGGAGAAGGAGACGGAGGCCCUGGCUCAAUCAACGCCUGCUGAGGUCCCGUCAACCUCGUCCACCCCGGUUCCCAUUCCUGAAAACCACCCUGUGGAAGAGAGCUGGUUUGUGACCCCGCCUCCGUGCUUCACCGCCGGUGGUCAAUCUCCCGUAGCCAUGGAAACCAACCCCAUGGAGAACUUGCUCAUAGAGCACCCGAGCAUGUCCGUGUACGUCCAACGGCCGUCCCGCAAUAGCUCGGGGGAAACGACGGAAUCUAGUGACUCUAGUGGACCAAGGCAGCAAAGGAGAGACGUGGUGCAGAGGCCACCGCAGAGGGCCGCCGCCAUCGCGGCCAGGGUAGGAAUCGUCGAGCAGGCCAAGAUGACCCGGCACGCUCAACGAGUCCAGGAACGCCACGAGAAGAAGGCGUACAGCAAGACCAACCUGCAGCGCGCUAACCUGACCAGCUGCCGUCCCAUCCGGGCUUCCCAUCACAACCGCAACCGGGGCCUGAUGUGCAAGCAGCCACGGGGCCGCGUCAACAAGGGCAGGUGUUAAAGUCGUGCCUUGGGCUCUGCUGAAGUCAUUGUCAGCUGUCUCUUCAGUUUGAGCCCGUUUAUUAAGAGUGUGAUUGGCUUCGGCCCAGGCCCAGUGUAGCCUAGCAUUUGUUUUCAUCUAUCAUAAACCAACCAUCCAUCUGAAUUUUAAACUGUUAUAGUUUCCCAUGUUAGUAAUAAUUGUUGACGUAUUUCUAGGAAAAGCAGUGCAUCAGUUUGGCAGUUGUGUGUAACAGUUUGCGUGAUGCAUGUCUAACCAGACUUAUUAUAAACAAGAUACAAACAAUCCUCAAAGAAGCCGUGUGUGCACAAAUGUUCUGUUGUAUCAACAAAUUCGGGCUCUCAGGGAAAAUGAACAUAAAUUUGAACAUCUCAUUAUUUCUGUUUUUUGUUGCUCUGCAUUAAGGGUGGAAAUGUCAAUUUAUAAUAAUGAUUACUAUAAUGUUAUGUAUCAUGUAUGUAUGUAUUACAAAACCCUGUAUGAUAACUAGUGUACAUGUGUAGCUUGGGAUUGUACAGUGUUUGUGACAAAUUUAGUUACAUAACAACUUUAUCACCGAUGCCCUCAGCAAAAACAACAACUUAGAUCACAAGGGCUUUGGUGACAGUAAACCUAUUUGUAUAGUACAUAAAUCACUUGUUGGACCAAUUACAUUAGUAGCUGUAAUAUAUUCUAGGUGUGAAUUCUACUUCCACCUCAUUCAAUAUUGAAAAUUGUAAAAAAAAAUAUUCUAUGGUUACAUCUCUGGUAGAUGGUACAAAAGUUGUGAUGUGUGGGUAGACAUAUUUAACCAUAGCUAUGCAAAGGUAUAUAUCUGGUCUAUUUAUGAUGGCGUGAAUGAGCUGAUUGUUAACCCUAGGUGUGUUAACCCUUGACACAACCAUUUGUUCUUACUGCAUUAUUAAGUGGAAUUGAAUGUUUGGGUGCAGGCAAGGUGUGUAUGUGUUUUACGAGCGACAAAGUUUCCCCCGAAGUUGCAAGCUGAAGUUAUUAAAGAUAAACCUUUCCAAUAAAAAGAUGACAUGGUGCUAUGUUAAAACAAGUCUCCUGGCAGCUGAUUGAGAAUUUGUGGACUUGUAAAAGGUGAGAAACAUUGGAAACUACCUGCAGAUCAUAGUUAUGUUUAUAACGCAUACGCAUAACACAGGGAGUUUGUUUCCAGUGUUUCUUUGCCUGACAAAUAUUGAAAAUGGCAGUCUGACCAUAGCCACACUUCCACAACACUCUUUCUAAAAAAAAUGAUUCUGUUAUUCACCAACUUGACAUUGCUUCCUCUAGAACUGCAAUAUAGUCAUGAGCUAAAAACAUAUUGAUGGUGGUGGCUUGGCUGUGGUCAUAAUGUCACCAUAGUUGGGGCAUAUGUAAUCACUGGGCUGAAAACAUACUUCCGUGCGCAAUGGUUAUUUGUGCAACACUUGAUAAAACAUUGGAUAAAACUACUAGCACAAGGAUGAUACCAUUACACAUCCUUGAUAAGGGUUUGUCUGAUUGACAUCCUCUUUGUUGGACCUAAUCUCUGCGACCCAGUGCUCACAUCUGCCUCAGAUAAGUCAUGUUUCCUCGUAAGUCAGUUCUGACUGAAAGAUGUCUUAAAAAGCUAAUGUAAUAAAGUAAUUUGAGGCUUGCCAGCAGUAAAUCCCAAAAUAAACUACAGCUGUACAGAAAAUUGACUUGAAAAAAAAAAGAAGACAUCUGAAAGUCAAUGCUGACAGCUUGAAUACGUUAAGCUAUUGAGCAUAACUACAUCCUCACUAUAGGAACCCUCUUUCUACAUCUUGGGUAAAGUUAGCCCUAAUGAUAAAGCUGUGAUGUCAACCCUUGGGUGAACAAACACAGCAUGUAAUUUUAACCUCUCAUCACCUUGCUGAGUGCAUAUAAGUCUUGCACCUCUACAAGUUAUGAAACAUGUAGUACUUUGUACAUAUAUUGUAGAUGCAAGGAGGUAAAAAAUCAAAUUUAAAGCUCCUUGGUAGAUGUUAUCAACAUAGUCUGAAGUUAGUACUAGAUGGCUAGGCGGCUAAUUGAUGUAGAUUAUGGUGUUCUUACGGUUAGAAAAGUUGAGGACUGUGUAACAUUUAAUUGUAAGUGAGAGGAGAGGGUAUAACUCCUAAGGAGUACACCCUGUGUAAGAAAUGGUGUGAUGGUUUGGUGAAGAGUCGAUGGCUUUGGAAAGUGGGAAAGAUUUUUUUGUGGGAAGGACUUUAAAUAGUGGCAUAGGAAAAGGUUUGACUUGGAAACUGUAAUUGUAUUGAAGUAUUCAACAAUAACAGGUAUUGAAUUUAAAAAUUACCAGAUACAUGAUCAAACAUGAUGAUAGGACUGAUGUAAUAGCAAUAACAGUACCCAGGCUGUAAGUGUCAUCAACUUACAAUAUCUCAUGUUGGUAAAGAAAAAAUUACAGAUUAGAAUAUAGAAAAGGUAACAUGAUGUCAGUGUGGUAUCUUUUGCUGUUUGUUGGCAAAAUGGUACAGUUUACUUGCAGAAUCUGGUGUAACUUGGUUUCAUGAAAAUGAAGACUUCUAUUUCUCUUCA